UGUUUACUGCCACCGCAGCAUGCUGCAUCUACCCAACAGUAAAUCUAAGGCUUACUAUACCCUAACCAGGGGUGGACUGAGAACUCAUGGGGCACCCGGGCAAUAGGGGAUCAUGGGGCCCCUGUGUCCUUGCCCACACUCAAAAAAAGACUAUAAAAAAGGUACCAGGGGCAUUUCAUGGGGCCCCCUACUGACCCCGGGCCCUCGGGCAGUACCCGACUGCUCGAAUGGUCAGUCCGCCCCU